CCGAGGUGCGCGUUCGCGAAUGUACUACUUGAUGCGGGAUGGCGGUGACGGGCUCGGUUUUGAGAGGCGCCUCAGGCUUUGAAACCUCAGGAAUCUUGAAAUUCAGUGGGCCCUGCUUCACUCCCCUGCGGGUGGUGGCGCUAAGGCGCGCCCGUGACAGGCGCCGCGCGAGGCAGCCUGUGCUGUACGGAAGGAGGGUCGAGUCCCGGGUACCCUCGCUCCGAGGAGCAGGCAGCGCCCCACUGACAGUGGUGGCGGGUAACCGGGCACUGGGGCUGACCGCGCGAGCGGGGCACGGGGGUGGCAAAGCACGAUGUCCAGGGAGAGACAGAAUCGGUGUCCCGACAUGUUCAAGAGCGCGAUGACGCUCCGAGGGCAGCGGUCACAGGUCACACCGUGAGCUGUCUUUAGCGGGGUCUCGAACCGGGGAGGUGCCGAUCGUUUGGAUUGGACGGUCCUCUUAGUGGCAGCUGCCUCGGAAAGAACGAGGUGGUCCCGUGCCGGUCACAGGUGGGCGUCGCGGGCCGAGAUCGCUAGGUUUUUAGGGGGCUGGUGCCGGCCGAACAGCACCCCCUCACUCGCGCUGCCCUCUUGAGCAGAGGGGUCUCGGGCAUCAUGGAGGAGGAGUCCGCGGAGCAGCAGGAAUCGGCCGGCAGCCCCCGAGGCGGCGUCUGCCACCCGGAGGCCCCGCAGUGCAGCCGCUGCCUCAUCACCUUCGCCGAUUCCAAAUUUCAGGAGCGGCACAUGAAGCGGGAGCACCCGGCCGACUUCGUGGCCCAGAAGCUGCGGGGGGCGCUCUUCGUCUGCUUCACCUGCGACCGCUCCUUCCUGUCCUCCAAGGCCCUGAUGGCCCACCAGCGCGGCCACAGCCCUGCCGGCCCCGCCGGCCUCGCGGCUCAGCCCCCCUUCCCGUGUCCUGACUGCGGCAAGGCCUUCGGGCAGGCGGCUUCUCUGCGGCGCCACCGACAGGUGCACGAGGCCCCCGCGCCCGGUGGCACCUUCGCCUGCACCGAGUGCGGCCAGGGCUUUGCGCAGGAGGCCGGGCUGCACCGACAUUACAUCCGGCACGCUCGGGGGGAACUCUGAGGGGCUGCUGGCCCAGCAGGAAGAUUGCUGCUCCUUCCCAAGGUGGGAGGGACAAGAGCUCCUGCUGGACAGGGCCCAGAAGAUUCUCCUCCAGAGCUCUGGAGGACACGGGAAAACUGUGCAACCAGACUGUCCAUCGAGUGGGCUUUUUUGGGAGUGAAAUAAGAGUUUAUUUUUAUCUCCCUCAUUCCCAAUUAAACAGCUAGCUGCAGAUUAUGCAAUCACCUUGAAUUCUUCCCAGAUGGAUGCUGCGGGCUGCCGGGAGCCAAGUGCCUGGAUCAGGGCCUGGAUGGGCACAUGAAUGAGGCACCGCCUGUGCUGUGACCCUACCGGGCAUGGCGCAUGCUGUCCUGGGGAGGGGGCAGCGAACGCGCUGGCGCCACAUGCACUGGUCGGGAAGGAGCGGGUGGUGUUGGCACCGGGUCCUGGUCUCUUCCCACCUACCCCUCACCAGUGCUUCCAUGCAGAGGGGGUGGGGGCAUUGGGGUCGAAAUGGUGCAGAGCUGGCCUGGCACUGGAGGACGACUGGCUCCAAGUCCAGCAGAGACGCCAUCUGUCCUGUGCAAUCUUUGGCUGGCCUCGGGACACUCCCCGUUAGGGUCCUGUUUGCAGCUCUCCUGAAAGGCCCAGGCCAGGCCUGACCGUGUGGGCAAGGGUGAGACAGGGCCAAGGCUACCAGCCGAGGUGGCCCAUGGCCCAUGGCCCUCUGCCUCUGGGGGCGCCCACUGAGCCAGGCUCUCAUAUGUUGCCUGUGGAGCUCUGGGUUCUGGUGAUGUGAGGCUCAUCCAGGUAGACUGGGAGAUGAUUCUUGGCUUAAGACUACAUUUCCCAGAGUCCCUUGGAGCAACAUGUGGCCAUGGGACCCGGUUCAAGCAAAAGUCCCAGGGAAAAUCUUCCCUAGCUUGGGGAAGGGGCUCGGUUUUCCUAAUCAGAAAUGUGGACAUGGUAUCCAAACAUCCUGGAUCCUGAGGACAAGACCAGCAUGUGGGAUGGCAGAGCAAAAAGGCAGUGAGGGCCUGGGGCACAGGUCCAGU